AGUCGAUCACAACAUCCCUAAUUUUAGGCCCUGCGUCUUAAAUUAUCUAUGAUAGUCCCCGUAGAGUUUAUAAUAGCUGUCAUAGAGCUGAGCCUUUUAACUUCCACUAUCACGAAGAUUCACUCCCCCAAAGCCCCCUUCGGUCUUUACCACCUCACCUUCCUUCAAAAACUCGUUGAUCGUGAUGAUUUUUGCUCUCCCAUUGCUAUUUGGUUUCGGCGUUUCCUCUACGUCAGGAUUUUCUCUACUUUCCAACCUGAGCAUUUUGUCAAGUUGUAACUUGUCGCAUGCAGUCUUGCAAGUCCCCGCGAACCAGACGCAAUUGGUUGCCCCUACUUUUGCCCCGAACUUCAUCGGGAUGGGUGUUGGUGUCCAGAAUUACAGCUGCAAUGCCACUUCUUCCACAUAUGAGUUAGUUGGCGCCGUUGCAGAAUUGUUCGACGUUUCGUGCCUGUACGGCACUCCAGCCUUCGAGUCGACCCCCGCACAGACCUAUACGGCCUGGAAUGCUUCGUCUGCGAUCACAUCGCAAGAAAUUAUAGGAACAUUGUCCCUACUUGAAGCUCCGGUGGUCCUUGGCCAGCAUUACUACGUUGCAAACCCUGUCGGUAGUGGACUUUCGCCCAAGUGGGAUUUCACCUCAUCCGGAUACACAACAGGCAAUUCGAAUGCAUAUAUGAUUGGUGUCAAAAAAGGAGACAUCCCGAGUCCAGACACCGAGGUGAACAUUGAUAGUCUGGAGGUGGCUAAUGUAAAAGGGGGAUUGGCGACGACGGUAUUCCGUGUUAACAACAAUGGUGGGCAGCCUCCCGCAACUUGUACGCCUGGGACUGCACCGAUCGCUGUCAAAUAUGUCUCGCAAUAUUGGUUCUUUGGUGGUUCUGUCACACCUGAAAGCUUGCCGAUAUAAGCUGGUGUCUGAUGCCUUUUAUUGAUUCAAGCUACGUUUGGCUUUCGGGACUUUGAGGGUGUUAUGUAUAACGUUGUGUAGCAUCCAUGGACUUCUGAUUUAACUGUGUGGUGCAUGUAAUUCCUAAUAAUCUCAUUGGAGUUACUAUAUUCAAACUGUCCUUGUCU